UCGUUUCCAUAGCAGCAGAUAAGCGUAAACUAGGCAGACUCCAUUCCUAUGGAUGGAGGCAGCAUUAUCUAUGACUAAACACGUAAAGGGUCUUAUCAGUAAUAUUUCACCUGUCUAAAUUUCGACGGAAAGGAGUUCCUGUAUCUAUUUGGUUGUUUAUUUUCAGUUUUUUGCGAGGGAGUGUAUGAAGCAAAUGGAUAACCAGAGACGAAAUGUCCAAACCAGCACAACCAUUGGACACGCGCAACUGCAACCUUUUCCGUUUUACUUUAAAACUGGCAAGAAUGCCCCUCUUCCUCCAGUCCUCCAGCGUCAGAACAAAGUUCCUGCCUCUGCUCACUUCUCUCUCACCUCGCACACUGAGCAUGACAGAAAGCCACUGAACGGAUCUCUGUACAAUGAAAUCCACUCUAAAGCCCCUGAGCACUGGACCACACACUUCCUCAGCGAGCUGGCCCAGAGGCUCAGAGACCGGCCAACAGUGAGAGUGGUCUCUAAUCCUAUCAGUGAAAUGCAGGACCGCUACAGAGGUCAAUUAGCAGCACGUGAACCUCCGGCUGAACACUUUAGCAUGAUGCAGGCACUGUACAGACAGCUGGAAACGGCUCAAACGGCCUUUGUGCAGGAACCAGUACGUAGUACAACCACGACCGACUUCAAGCACUUUAACAGACAGAAACUGCACUGUCUUGUUUGGAACACCCAUAAGAAGGAGAAACAUCUGUACGGACUGACUGGAGAUCAGGGUUAUAGAUUUACACUGGUAAUUUAUGAGAGUGACCAAUGUGAAAGACACAUUCCUAUAGCCAACAGGCUUUUCAACAUGUAA